GCCGUACCAAUGCUGAUCAGGGGGUUUUCUGUUGGAAUAUACGUCACACAUUUAUGGCGAUUCUGAGCAUCAGGGCAGAUUUCUGCCAGGCCCAGCACAGCACCCUGGCUGACAAGUGAGCGUGUCCUACGUACCAUAAUUACUUUGCCUUGAAGACUCCAAACACAGCGGUCACCUUCAAAUAUAUGGGAUAUCUUCUGCAUAUUGGAAGCAUAUUCCUUUUACUGACUCAAGCAAAACUAAGUGUCAAGAAAACAAAGUGGAGAGAAGAUCUGCCCUUAUUUUUUUCGCCUCACCAGUGCCUAAAUGUAGUACAGGCUGCCUAGUCUUGCGUGUAGUCAGAAUUUUUGGAGUCUGAAGGAUACCACCUGCAGUUUUUGAGGCCUAAAUUGAAUUCAAGUGGAUUCUAAAGUAAACCUGGUUUUCUUGAAGUGAAAAAUCAUAAAGAACAAGUCAAUAAAGAUAGUUCUGAUCAAUCCCAGGCAUUUUAGUUGUCUUUUUAAUGUUUUCUGCUGUGGAACGUUUCAAGGGUUAUUGAUUUUUUUUUUUUUUUUUUUUGCCCCCUAUCUAUUUUUGUUUGCCAUUAUGAACCGUCCAGCCCCAGUGGAGAUUACUUAUGAGAGUAUGCGUUUCCUGAUCACGCACAACCCAACCAAUGCAACUCUCAACAAAUUCACAGAGGAGCUUAAGAAGUAUGGAGUGACAACUUUGGUGCGAGUUUGUGAUGCCACGUAUGAUAAAGCUCCUGUUGAAAAAGAAGGAAUCCAAGUUCUAGACUGGCCAUUUGAUGAUGGAGCGCCACCCCCAAAUCAGAUAGUUGAUGACUGGCUAAACCUGUUGAAAACCAAAUUUCGUGAAGAGCCUGGAUGCUGCAUUGCGGUGCAUUGUGUUGCAGGACUGGGAAGGGCCCCAGUCCUGGUUGCACUGGCUCUCAUUGAAUGCGGAAUGAAGUAUGAGGAUGCAGUUCAGUUCAUAAGGCAGAAAAGGAGGGGAGCUUUCAAUUCCAAACAGCUGCUUUACCUUGAGAAAUACCGACCUAAGAUGCGAUUGCGCUUCAAAGAUACCAACGGUCAUUGCUGUAAAAAUUAUAUCUUGGCGGAGGAAUAUUCAGAAAUCCAUAAUCCAGAAGUGUCCUACUCAACUAAUGGAGACUCCAGACAGGAAGUUUUUAACUCCUCUGUCCUAAGAACCAGAACUGACGGCAUUCAGGAAUCCCUUGAAGCUCCUGUGAAAAUUGAGCAGUUUUUAGAAGUGGAUUAA